AUGGAAACCGAUGUGACCGGCGUGACAGCGCUGUUUUCGCAAGCCUAUGCGCGCCAGCACCACAUUCUGCCCGUCGGGGUUGACGCCGACCGGGCGGUGAUUGCCACCAGUGAGCCGUUUCAGCUCGGCUGGGUGCAGGAUCUGCGACACGUGCUACGCACCCAGAUCAAGGUGGUGAUAGCCGACCCGGUCGAUAUUCGCCGCUACCAGACCGAGUUUUAUAAUGUCAGUCGGUCGGUUCAGGGUGCGAACCGACUAAAGAAGCGCAGUGAUACUGACAUCCAGAACUUCGAACAACUGGUUGAGCUGGGUAACAAAGGCGAGCUAAACGCCGACGACCAGCAUGUUGUCCACAUCGUUGACUGGUUACUGCAAUACGCAUUCGAGCAGCGCGCCAGCGAUAUCCACCUCGAACCACGAAGAGAGCGUGGCAAUGUCCGCUUCCGUAUCGAUGGAAAACUGCAUCAGGUUUACCAGAUGCCGACGCCGGUGAUGGCAGCCGUCACUUCACGUAUCAAGAUCCUUGGCCGAAUGGAUUUAGCGGAGAAACGCCGGCCGCAGGACGGGCGCAUGAAAACCCGGCGAUCAGGUGGCGCCGAAGUGGAACUGCGGCUGUCUACCAUGCCCACGGCGUUUGGCGAAAAGUGUGUGAUGCGGAUUUUCGAUCCCGAAAUGGCCAACCAGUCUUUCGAUGGACUGGGCUUUUCCGCACCCGAGGCAGAAUCAUGGCGCAAGAUGGUCGAGCGUUCUCAAGGACUGGUGUUGGUUACUGGUCCGACCGGCUCGGGUAAGACCACGACGCUCUACACCACCCUGAAAAUGCUGGCUUCGCCCGACAUCAAUGUGUGCACGGUAGAAGACCCAAUCGAGAUGGUUGCUCCCGAGUUUAAUCAGAUGCAGGUUCAAACCAAGAUCGGCGUGAAUUUUGGCGAGGGCGUGCGCACACUGUUACGGCAAGACCCUGACGUCAUCAUGAUCGGUGAAAUCCGCGACCUGGAAACAGCAGAGAUGGCGAUUCAGGCAUCGCUAACUGGGCACCUUGUAAUUUCUACAUUGCACACUAACGAUGCGCCGUCCAGUAUCGUGCGUUUGCUCGAUCUUGGCGUGCCACACUAUCUGUUGCGCGGAACACUGGUUGGUAUCGUUGCACAACGGCUGGCUCGCACGCUUUGUCCGCACUGUAAGGCGCCGGCUGCGAUUGAUCCGUUGUUGUGGCAAAGCCUGGUGCAGGACUGGCCACUACCGCUGCCUAGCAAGGGCCAGAAUGCGAAUGGUUGUUUGAAGUGUCGUGAGACAGGCUAUCUGGGACGCACUGCGAUCUACGAGAUGCUUGAAGUCAAUGAUGAAAUAACCGCCGCGCUAGAUGCGGAGAUUAACCCGGUGGCACUCACGCGGCUUGGCUAUCAACACGGGUUGCGACCGCUGCGAAUCGCUGCGGCGCUGAAGGUAAACAUUGGAAUUACCACGGCCACUGAAGCAUUGCGGGUUACACCGCCUGCGAUUCGACGACAAUGA